UAAUAAACAGAGUGGAAGGACCAGACCACUUGGGUUCCUAGGUUUAUAGACUGGUGAAGCAUGUGUGUUCUUACAUAGCGUUGUAUAGAAAGUGUGUCAAUUCACCAAGCGUUCAUCACUUGAUAAGUGCCAGACACUGCAGACAUUCUUUGACACUUUAGUAGGCACAGCAAGGAAACAGACAUGAAUAGCAUAUGUUUUGUGGUGGGUGUUUCCAACUGGUUACAAAAUUCCCUAAUCUGUCUCCUUAUGAUAGAUAUUUGUUGACCAGGAGACAAUAAUGUCUUUCAUUCUGCAGUUAGAACUGGGGGCUCGAAUGCAAAUUCUCCUGAAAGAAGGAAUAACUCUUACCUGUGUGCAGUACUUAGACGCUCCCAAGACACAUUUCACAGUUACGAUUAUUAAGCUCCCAGGUGCAGAGGAGGGCUCAGAAGUGUAGGGAAAGGACUUAGCAAAGUCACACGGACGCAGAUGCAGGAUGAGAAUCCAGUUCCCCUCAUGUAUAUUGCCGAGUAUUUUCUCAGUAAAUUACACAUCAGUUGUUGCCCUAUAGAAGAUGCUUUAUAGUUGAUUAGGUGUCUCUGAAAAUAAAGAGAAAGCACAUGGAGGAAGCAGGAAAGAAUAAUUGAACCAGUUACCGUGGUGAAGGGUGCUAAGGACAAGCUGCAUAAUUAUGGCAACUGCCCUAUUUGUAUAUUGUGAAAUUCAAACUAUAACCCUUUCACCAUUAAUUAGGUAUCUUUCUUUAUCUUUUUGCAGGCAAUUCAGGUCUCAGAAAGACAUCAUUCCCUUAAUGGAGCGUCUCAUGCCUCCCAACAAUGUGACUGAAUUUAUUCUCCUGGGACUCACACAGAAUCCACACUUGCAGAAAAUACUUUUCAUUGUCUUUUUGUGCAUUUUCCUAUUUACUGUGCUGGCCAAUCUGCUUAUUGUCAUCACCAUCUCCUUCAGCCCCACACUUUCGGCUCCCAUGUACUUCUUUCUUACCUACUUGUCCUUUAUAGAUGCCUCUUACACCUCCGUCACCACCCCCAAAAUGAUCAUUGACCUGCUCUACCAGAGGAGAACCACCUCAUUGUGCAGCUGCCUGACUCAGCUCUUUGUGGAACACUUCCUGGGAGGGUCAGAGAUCAUCCUCCUCAUUGUCAUGGCCUAUGACCGCUAUGUAGCCAUCUGCAAGCCCCUGUACUACACUACCAUCAUGCGACAGGGACUCUGCCACCUCCUGGUGGUUGUGGCCUGGAUUGGUGGGAUCCUUCAUGCCACAGUGCAGAUUCUCUUUGUGAUCAACUUGCCCUUCUGCGGCCCCAAUACCAUUGACCAUUUCAUGUGUGACCUCUUCCCACUGCUGAAGCUUGCCUGCAGAGACACCUAUAUACUUGGAAUGGUGGUGGCUGCCAACAGUGGGGCCAUGUGCUUGCUCAUUUUUUCCAUGUUACUCAUCUCUUACAUAGUCAUCCUGUGCUCCCUGAAAUCCCAUGGCUCUGAAGGGCAGCACAAAGCCCUCUCUACCUGUGGCUCCCAUUUUACUGUAGUUGUACUUUUCUUUGUGCCCUGUAUAUUCACUUACAUGCGUCCCGUGACCACCUAUCCAGUGGACAAGUUGGUGACUGUCUUUUUUGCAAUCCUCACCCCCAUGUUAAACCCUAUCAUUUAUACAGUGAGAAACACAGAGGUAAAAAAUGCCAUGAGAAGUUUUUUGAAGACAAGGGUAACUUAG